AUGCCAAAAACCAAAACCCCAUUACCACCGAGCUUGCGCCCGAGCGGAAUAAAAAAUCAGGACGGCUCUUUGGUGGAGUACCAAGGAUUCAACUCGGAAACUGGCAGAGCCAUUCAAGAGUUGGCCAGAACCUUGACCAAUGAUUCUUUAAUUUCCAACGCUACUGACACCGCCGAUGUCGAAACGGCCACCGGGUUGCACAAGUACUUGACCCAUAUGUCGCAAGUGCCAGGGAUAAACCCAUACACAGACGACCCAGAAAUCACCCAAUUAGACCCUAAUUCAGACGACUUCAAUGCUAAAUUCUGGGUCAAGAAUUUGAGAAAAUUAUACGAAUCGGAACCAGACUACUACAAGCCCUCUACCUUGGGGAUCGCCUAUCGUGAUUUGCGUGCUUAUGGUGUUGCUAACGACUCCGACUACCAACCCACCGUCACCAAUGCCAUGUGGAAGAUGGCUGUUGAAGGGUUCAGAUAUCUUAGACCAGACGAUGAGUCCAGAUACUUUGACAUUUUGAAGCCUAUGGAUGCUCUCAUGAAACCAGGAGAAGUCACUGUCGUGUUGGGUAGACCUGGUGCUGGUUGUUCCACCUUGUUAAAGACUAUCGCUGCUAGCACCUAUGGUUUCCAUGUUGACAAGAACUCGAAAAUCUCAUACGACGGGUUGUCGCAAGAUGAUAUCAAGCAUAACUUUAGAGGUGACGUUAUCUACUCGGCUGAAACCGAUGUUCAUUUCCCCCACUUGUCAGUCGGUGACACUUUGGAGUUUGCUGCUAGAAUGAGAACUCCACAAAACAGAGGUUUGGACGUGGAUAGAGAAACCUACGCCAAGCAUAUGGCCAGUGUUUACAUGGCCACCUAUGGGUUGUCCCAUACCAGACAUACCAAUGUUGGUAACGAUUUCGUCCGUGGUGUUUCCGGUGGUGAACGUAAGAGAGUUUCUAUCGCUGAAGCUUCUUUGAGUGGUGCUAAUAUUCAAUGUUGGGAUAAUGCCACUAGAGGGUUGGAUGCUGCUACCGCCUUGGAGUUCAUCCGUGCAUUAAAGACUUCUGCUACCGUGUUGGAAGCCACUCCCUUGAUCGCCAUUUACCAAUGUUCUCAAGACGCCUAUGACUUGUUUGACAAUGUCGUUGUCUUGUAUGAAGGUCAUCAAAUAUAUUUCGGUAAAGCCGACAAGGCCAAAGACUAUUUUGUGAGAAUGGGAUGGCACUGUCCUCAACGUCAAACCACCGCCGAUUUCUUGACUUCCUUGACCAACCCUGCUGAAAGAGAACCAGUGUAUGGCUACGAACACAAGGUUCCAAAGACCCCAGCUGAAUUUGAAGCCUACUGGAAACAAUCUCCCGAAUAUACCCAAUUAAUCUAUGACAUUGACCAGUAUUUCGUUGCCUCAGAACAACAAAACACCAAGCAAAUCUACCAUGAUUCCCAUGUCGCCAGACAAUCCAACCACACCAACCCAAAGACUUCCUACACCGUGUCAUUCCCCAUGCAAGUCAGAUACAUUAUUCAUAGAAACUUUCUCAGAAUGAAAGGUGACCCAUCGAUCCCCUUGGUUAGUAUCUUUGGUAACGUGGUGAUGGCGUUGGUGUUAUCGUCAGUUUUCUUCAAUUUGGACCAGACGACUGGUUCCUUCUACUACCGUGGUGCCUCCAUGUUCUUUGCUGUUUUGUAUAAUGCCUUUUCGUGUAUUUUAGAAAUUAUGAGUCUUUUCGAAGCUAGACCUAUUGUCGAGAAGCACAAAAAGUAUGCCCUUUAUCGACCAUCGGCAGACGCUUUGGCGGGUAUUAUCAGUGAAUUGCCAGUCAAGUUGUGUAUUUCCAUUGCAUUCAAUUUUGUUUUCUACUUUAUGGUUAAUUACAGAAGAACCCCAGGAAGAUUCUUCUUCUAUUGGUUGAUCAACAUCUGGGCUACUUUAGUUAUGUCGCACUUGUUUAGAUCUUUGGGUGCCAUCUUCACCACCAUUGCUGGUGCCAUGACCCCAGCUGCUGUGUUCUUAUUGGCUAUGGUUAUUUAUACUGGGUUUGUCAUUCCUGCUCCGCUGAUGUUGGGAUGGUCCAAGUGGAUCAGAUACAUUAAUCCUGUCAGUUAUGCUUUUGAAUCGCUUAUGGUUAACGAAUUCCACGAUCGUGAAUUCACCUGUGCCACUUUUGUCCCUACUGGUCCAGGGUUUGAAAACGUUGCUGAUGCCAACCGUGUUUGUUCUACUGUUGGUGCCGUACCAGGUAAUAAUAUUGUGAACGGUUCCAAUUAUUUGAGAUUGGCCUAUGCUUACGACAAUGCCCACAAGUGGAGAAACCUCGGUAUUCUUAUCUUGUUUGCCGUUGCCUUUUUGAUUAUUUACAUCAUGUUGACUGAGUUCAACAAGGGUGCUAUGCAAAAGGGGGAAAUUGUCUUGUUCCUUAGAUCUUCGUUGAAGAACCACAGACGUAAGAAUAAGGAGGAUGCCGAAAGUGGGAAGUUGGAAAAGGUCAGUUAUGGGGACGCUACUGAAGCCAUCAAGGCUGGUGACAACACCAGUGAAACCAGUGAUGACAAUGAAUUGCCAAGUAGCCAGGAAAUCUUCCAUUGGAGAGACCUUACUUAUCAAGUUAAGAUUAAGAAAGAAGACAGAGUCAUUUUAGAUCAUGUUGAUGGAUGGGUUAAACCAGGUCAAAUUACCGCUUUGAUGGGUGCUUCUGGUGCUGGUAAGACUACUUUGUUGAAUUGUUUGUCGGAAAGACUUACUGUUGGUGUUAUUACCGAUGGUGUUAGAAUGGUUAAUGGACAUUCCCUUGACUCCUCAUUCCAAAGAUCUAUUGGGUAUGUUCAACAACAAGAUUUGCAUUUGCCAGCAUCUACUGUUAGAGAAGCCUUGAGAUUUUCAGCCUCGUUGAGACAAUCUGAUUCAGUUCCAUCCAAGGAAAAAGACCGUUAUGUGGAUUACAUUAUUGACUUGUUGGAAAUGACUGAUUAUGCUGACGCUUUAGUUGGUGUUGCAGGUGAAGGAUUGAAUGUGGAACAAAGAAAGAGAUUGACUAUUGGUGUUGAAUUGGUUGCUAAGCCAAAGUUGUUGCUUUUCCUUGAUGAACCUACUUCAGGUUUGGAUUCCCAAACCGCAUGGUCUAUUUGUAAGUUGAUGAGAAAGUUGGCUGAUCACGGUCAAGCUAUCUUGUGUACCAUCCAUCAACCUUCAGCUUUGUUGAUGAAGGAAUUUGACAGAUUGUUGUUUUUACAAAAAGGUGGUCAAACUGUUUACUUUGGUGAUUUAGGUAAGAACUGUUCCUCUUUGAUUCAGUACUUUGAAAAGUAUGGUGCUGAUCCAUGUCCUGAGGAGGCCAACCCUGCUGAAUGGAUGUUGCAUGUUGUGGGUGCUGCUCCUGGUUCCCAUGCCAAGCAAGACUAUUUCCAAGUGUGGAGAAACUCGAGUGAAUUCCAAGAUGUUCAAGCUGAAUUGGAUACCAUGGAAAGAGAAUUGGUUAAGAUUCCUCGAAUUGACGAUCCUGAAGACCAUUUGACUUAUGCUGCUCCUCUUUGGAAACAAUACUUGAUUGUUACUCACCGUGUUAUUGUUCAUCACUGGAGAUCUCCUGGUUAUAUCUACUCCAAGACAUUCUUGGCCGUUGCCACUGCUUUAUUCAGUGGGUUCUCGUUCUUCAAGGCCAAUAACUCGUUGCAAGGCUUACAGAAUCAAAUGUUUGCUAUUUUCUUGUACUUUAUGCCAUUCAACACAUUACUUCAACAAAUGUUGCCUUAUUUUGUCAAGAAUCGUGAUGUUUACGAAGUGAGAGAAGCUCCUUCGAGAACCUUCAGUUGGUUUGCCUUCAUUGCUGGUCAAAUCACCGCUGAAAUUCCCUACAUGGCCGUUGUUGGUACUUUGUCGUUCUUGUCUUGGUACUACCCUGUUGGUCUUUACCGUAAUGCCAUCCCUACCAAUGCUGUGAACUCUCGUGGUGCCUUGAUGUGGUUGUUGCUUAGUUCUUUCUACGUUUACACCUCCACCAUGGGUCAGUUGGUGAUGUCGUUUAUGGAUUUACCUGAUAAUGCGGCUAAUAUCGCUGUGCUUUUGUUCACUAUGUGUUUGAACUUCUGUGGUGUUUUGGCCGGGCCUGAUACUUUACCUGGUUUCUGGAUCUUCAUGUACAGAUGUAACCCAAUGACUUAUCUUAUCCAAGCUAUUAUGUCCACUGGGUUAGCCAAUACCAAUGUCAUAUGUGCACCAGAUGAGUUGUUGACUAUCAAUCCACCAAGUGGCCAAACAUGUGAUCUGUUCCUUGAUCCAUAUAUUAAAUUUGCUGGUGGGUACGUUCGUACCAAUAGCAUGGGACAAUGUGAGUUCUGUCAAAUGGACUCCACCAAUCAAUUCUUGGCCAGUGUCAAUUCCAUAUUCAGUGAAAGAUGGAGAAACUGGGGGAUCUUUUUGGCGUUUAUUGCCAUUAAUAUCAUCUUGACUGUGCUCUUCUUCUGGUUGGCCAGAGUGCCCAAGAGAAGUCGUGAAAGAAAGCAUAAGAAGGAUUAGUUUGUAUAGAUAUAGUUUAUAGAGAUAAUAUAAUUGUUGCAUUGA